AUGAGUAUAAGGAAGUCAUCGAUACGAAUUUCACAGCUGUGAUUGCGGGUACUCACGUAGGGAUAGAGUACAUGAAAGAUCGUGGAGGUGGCGUCAUUAUUAAUACAGGAUCAACCGUGGCCAUGCUUGCGUUUCCUCAUCUUCCGGUAUACACCGGCACCAAGUCAGGAGUAAUUGGCUUUACUCGAACGCAACAUCACUUGAAAAAAUUGUACAAUAUUCGCGUCAAUGCAAUCGCGCCGCAUCUUGUUGAAACACCGUUAAUUCCCAAAAUGACAAAAAUCAACCCAGGACUAAUCGACCCGACUUACGAGACGGCUGCUGUGCCUUUGUCUGAUGUAGUCAAUGGCUUCAUCCAUAUCGUCGAAAACGAAAAUCUCUAUGGUGAUGUCGUUCGCAUUUUACCAAAUGAUCCAUUGGCAAUAGCGAUAAAAGUAGACUUUGAGAGUCCGAUGGUUGUAUUAAAGGAACUCGCGAAACUGGGAUUUGGAGAUCUUGUGGUAAAAAUGAGGAAUGCAGUUGGUAACAGGAAAAGCGAAUAA